AUGCGCGAGGGGGAACGCGAGCUCGGAGUGAUGGUAGGCGGCUGCGGGAUCCUCGGAGGCCGAGCUUUUCCUAAGUGUAACAGCGCCGAUCAAUUGGCGGUUGGUUUAUCCCUUCCUCUUUUCCGCUGCUCUCUACAGAUAACUGGAAACUCCGCGGCAAGACAAACACCUUUUCCCUACGCAAUUCGACUUUUCGGCACAAGAGCUUUCUUGAGUAUGCUACACGGCAAAAAAGCCAUCUAA